CGUCAACUUGUUUUGGUAAGAAAUCAACAUGUCGCUGAAUAAUUCACACGCAAACGGAGGUGUACUCAUAUAUAGUGGUGAAAGGAUUCUCAUAUUCCAUGAUGGAUUGGAAGUUUCAUUUGACAGCACAAGUCCUCUUCCUCACUUCAAGGGUACAAAAAAAGGAAGAGCAUAUUUAACAACACAUAGGGUUAUCUUCAACAACAAGAAUCCCAAGGAUACACUGCAAUCGUUCAGUAUGCCAUUCUUCAAACUGACAGACCUGAAACUGGAACAGCCAGUUUUUAAUGCCAACUAUAUCAAAGGAACAGUUACCUCAGAGCAAGGGGGAAACUGGGAAGGCCAAGCCAAGUUUAAGAUGUGGUUUACAAAUGGAGGUGCAAUAGAAUUUGGUCAAGCCAUGCUGCGUGCUGGACAAUUGGCCAGGAGGAGGAUGACCCCACAACCCCCAGUGUACAGUCAGCCUACAGGAAACUACUACCAGGCACCACCUCCUGCUUAUACACCACCACAAACACCUCUCUAUGGAUUUGUACCAACACAAACAUUCCCAACAGCACCACCAAGUGAUGGAGUGUUUAUGUAUGAUGCACCCCCUCCAUAUCCAGGCAUUGAUUCAGCAGCUUCUGCCCCACCUCCACAGACUGCAGCAGAGUCCAAGGCACAAGAGGCAGCGUCCAGUGCUUAUUAUAACCCAACCAAUCCACACAAUGUCUACGUACCCCAGGAUGCCCCACCCCCAUACUCUGCAGUCAGUAAAAAGAAUGAUUAACUAAUAUGCUGGCGGGAAUAAUGAUAAUGCUUAGAAAAUUGUGUCAUCUCUUCAUUUGCCAUCUUAAAGGGUACAAAUAUCAAAUAGGACUUUUUAGUCUUGUAUCAUAUCUCUCUGCCUUUACUCCAACCAGAUCCUGUGGCUGUGUUGGAAGGGGAGGGAAUCGAUGCAAUACUGUACUGUAAUACCUAAAGAUAACGUAUUGAAUCCACAUACAAUGAAGUAGCUUGAUUUACACAUAUAAAAGGAGAGAAAAAUAUGUAAUUUUAAUUUGUUAGUUUAUCUAAAGAUGGCAUACUAAGUUUAUGAUUUGUGCAGUUGUGUAUUGAGGACUCAAUGUCUGGCUGAGCCAGUGUGAUUGAGAUAUUGAUGUCUAGUGAUUGCCAGAAUUUCAUCUUAAAAUAUCAGUGUAUGUCAGAUUGCUUCAAGAUAUGAACAUAACACUACAUAUGAACUGAGUUGCUGCGAGA